CUGUACAAGCAGUUUCAGAAAUAUAUCAGUUCAAGAAAGGACACGAGCUUGUUGAGAUGAAUGCGAAUUUAGAUGAAGAACUUGAGGCAGAAUUUGAUAAAAAUGAUACGAAACAUGGAGG